AUGUAUGAAUACCAUUCCUAUGACUUGAUUGAUGAAUGGUUGAAUUCUGGAUUAACGUUAUUCCACCCUAAUUAUAGCAUGGUUAAUUAUAGACAAGAUUAUGGUAAAUAUUCUUAUACAGCCAAAGGAAAAGCAAUUUCAACUAAUGGGUAA